AUGUCCGCUCCAUGCUACCUCGAGCCCAUCAACCUCCAAGACGCGGAUCAAUUAGCCGAACUCCUACGCCAACGUGUCCUCUGCGGAUGGGACCACACACCCGAGAAACUUCAGCAAUGGAAAACCAAACAAGCAGAGGGUCUGAAAAGCCUUUUCUGGAUCACCACCACCAAUAGCAAUCAUAACAAUAAUAAUCAUAAUGGAGAGAAUGAAUCCAUCCUGGCAGGCCACAUCUCCCUAGACGCCUACAGCGACCCACCGGACGCGGAACUCGCGCGCGCGGACAAAUCAGUCCUCGCCAUCCAGACCUUCUUCAUCCUACCGGAAUAUCGCGCGUUACGCCUCGGACGACGCGCUAUGGACCUAGCCGAGCGGAUGGCCGUGCAGGAACCGUACGGAAGUCCGAAUUGUAGCGUGAUGGCUCUGACUGCGCUGAGUAAACGAUAUAUGUACGACGAGGGACCAGAGGGACGCGGUUUCUGGGAUCGGAUCGGGAUGCCAAUGCCUGAGUUUAGUAUCCAGGAGUGGUAUGAGAAAUUGGGGUAUGUGGGGUGGAAGGAGGAACCGAGGUAUCAGGAGAAGACUGUGGAUGGGGGGGUGGUUUGGUUAUGGGAGGUAUUUAUGAGGAAGGAGUUGAAGGGAGUAUAG